GAGGCAUGCAAGAACUUGGUUCUGGCCGGCGUGUCACUAGUGAUCAGGGACCACCGCAAGGUCAGCGCCGCCGACGUCGGUUUUAACUACUUCCUGCGGAAGGAGGACCUGGGCCAGAGCCUCGCCGAGUGCGCGGCGAGGCGGGUGCAGGAGAUGAACCCGCUCUGCGGGGUGACCGCCUGCACGUCAGGCCCAGAGGUGGACGGCCUGGACGGCUUCGACCUCGUCGUCGUGGGCCUCCGAGUCCUGGGCAUGGACGUAUCCAGGGCCAGCGCCAUCGAUGCCGCAUGCAGAAAAGCGAAUGCGAGAUUCGUAUUCACAAUGGGUGGGGAGAGGGUCAAGGGUGCAGUUGCCGCGUAAGCUUCAAGGGACGUUUGGCAGCAGGAUAAGGGAGUACCAUUGGAUAACCGAAGGUAGCAUGGACGAACCGAGGUUGAUAGCGACAUUGACACUGAUGGCAUGAAAGCAGCGUCGAUGAGGAGGGGGACGUAUGAGAAGUAGAAAGAGUAUGUGCCAGGACGCGUGCGAUAAGGAAGCCACUGGCAAAACGAUGCGCAGGAGUGACCAGAGCUGGUGCAGACGGGUCCGCCCAGGGCGCCGUGUGCAGUCGUCUCCCGACCUGGCCCUCGCCUCUUCCCCCUCUUGGGCGUGGCUUACGCCUGCGGGCCGUCAGGGCGCACACUCGAUGAGAGGCGAGCGAACGAAGAGGACCCCCGAUGUCUCGCCACA